GUUGGCGGUCGGCUCGGGAGAGGAGAGGCGAGGCAAGGCAAGCGCAUGGACCAGCCGAGCGAUCAGCAACACAAUGAGGUGCUCUUCUUCUCGCUCCUCUACAGCAUGGCCACGGUUAUGUUCGGCGGCGCGGUCGCCCGCCAGCUGCUGAAGCACGAGCUGCAGAUGGGAGCGCGGUCCGCCUUCAUCCUGCUGCUGCUCUUCAUCGGAGAGUCCGUCUGCUUCGUGGCUCUGCCCGGCUACUCCGGCCUCAGCCUCUUCGCGGUGGCCUGUCUGCUCAGCUACUGCACGCUGCCAAGCACCGGGCUCCUACCCGUCCAGGAAAAGGCCAUCCUAAUCACAGGAUGCGAUUCUGGAUUUGGUCAUGCAUUGGCAAAAUACCUCGACAAAAUGGGCUUCAUUGUAUACGCUGGAGUUCUGCACCUAGAUGGACCUGGAUCUCAGGAUUUGAAGGCAGAUGGGUCGAACAGACUUACCGUGCUCCAGCUCGAUGUCACCAGUUCUGAACAGAUAGCUAAAACCUUUGCAAAAAUGAAAGCGGAGCUGAAAAACAAAGGACUUUGGGGUGUAGUGAAUAAUGCAGGUAUCCUAGAAUUCGUUGCUGAUGCAGAACUUCUUCCCAUGAAUAUUUACAAGCGCUGCAUGGAGGUGAACUUCUUUGGGGCUGUGGAACUUACCAAAAUGUUCCUUCCAUUACUUCGCCAAGCCAAAGGCAGACUAGUUAACAUCACAAGCAUUGCAGGAUCUACACCAUUGCCAUGGUUUGCAGCAUAUGGUGCUUCAAAAGCUGCUCUCAGCAUGUUUUCCAGUGUUUUGAGACAAGAACUUGCCAUCUGGGGAGUCAAAGUGGCUAUUAUCCAACCUGGCGGUUUCAAAACAGGUAUCUUUGGCACCACUGACCAUUGGAGCAAUCAACACAAGCAAAUCGUACAGCAGCUCUCUCCUGAUGUCAAAACAGAUUAUGGUGAAAACUACAUAAUAUCAUUCAAGGAAAAAUAUGCUAAAUGGCAGGCUACUUUGCAGGAAGACCUACAACCUGUUCUUAACGAUAUCUCCAUUGCGCUGAUAGCAAAGAACCCCAAGCCACUCUACACCCCUGGAAAAGCUGCAUUCUUGCUUCCAGUCAUCAUGAACUACCUUCCCACUUGCCUGUCUGAUUUUUUUAUUUAUCAGUUCUUUGCUUCAGGCCAAGGGAAUGUACCAGAUGGAGUAAAAGAAACUGGGUCAUAAGCCAUUCUCAGUUAGCGCUGACAGUUAUUUUUUACAGAAAAUACCUUUUCUUUUAUAGGGCUUUAGUCAACUAACAAAAUCCUACCUUUAACAAGUUUUACACUAAAUACUCCAUUGCACAACUCUUUGUACAGAUAAC